AUAUACCUGUAUGAUUUGCUUUCACAAUGAAAGCACAGCAUUUUGUAGUAGUUUUAUUGCUGGUAUCUAAUAUAACAUUAUCUUCAGGUUUUCUGGAUGUGUUCGUGGCUGCUGCAUCUGUGGUUUACACAUAUUUUGAACGGGAUGACUUGCUGCCUUUUGAUUCAAAACGUUUGGAGGAAGAUUUAAGAGAAAACUUCUUUGGACAGCACAUUGCGUCUAAUGUUAUACAAAGAGCUGUGUCGUCAUUUAUGACUGACAGAAACCCAAAUAAACCGCUGGUCCUCUCUUUCCAUGGGACUACAGGAACUGGAAAAAAUCAUGCUGUCAAAAUCAUCGCAAGAAAUGUGUAUGAAAAAGGGGAAAACAGCAAGCAUGUACACUUAUUUAUAUCUGAGCAUCAUUUCCCACAUGAAAAACAGUUACACUUGUACAGUGCACAGCUAAAGCAGCAGAUUCAUGAAAGUGUAUCACGUUUUCCCCGCUCCAUGUUUAUAUUUGAUGGUAUGGACAAAAUGCAACCACAGCUGAUCGAUGCCAUAAAACCUUUUCUAGACUACAAUGCCCGUGUAGAUGGAGUGUCAUUCCACAAGGCAAUCUUCAUAUUUCUGAGUAAUUCAGGUGGGAAUUUAAUUAAUGAAGUGACUCUGGAUUUCUGGAGAGAAGGCAUUCCUCGGGAAAACUUAUGGAUGGAAAGCAAGGAACUGGAGACUAAAAUCUCUCAAAACAUCUUCAAUAAUAAGAACAGUGGAUUUUCGUACUCUAGUAUCAGAGAUGAGCAUCUGAUUGAUCAUUAUAUUCCUUUCCUACCUUUGGAGAUGAAGCAUGUAUGUCAAUGUGUCCUGGUUGAGAUGGCCCAUAUGAGCAUCACCCAAGACUUCGAUCUGGCAGAUCAAGUGGCCGGAGACAUGUCUUACUUCCCUAAAGAAGAGAGAGUAUUUGCUGUUCAUGGCUGCAGAACUAUCAGACAGAAGUUGUCACGGUAUUAUGAUUUUUUUAGCAGCAAGUUGUAUAGCAAGUUGUCCAGUUAGGCACACAGUUGAACAGCAAUGAACAUACACUACUCCUUUGUUU